AUGUUGCACCCAUCACCAACUCCUAUUGAUCGUCUGUCACAUUCCGAUUAUUGUUCGCUGUCUUCGUCUGAUGAUGAUAUUGAGGCGUGCUCAAGAUUAUCUUUGACAGCUGGAAUAUGCCCUCAUUGUAAGAGGGCUUAUAGGGAUACACCGCCGAUUCCAAAUCUAGAACUCGCCAUAUUCCUGCGUUCGUUGAAUGUAGACAAAAUGACCGAACAUGAUAACCCCGCCUAUAGAGAGAACAUAUAUGAUGACAGCUUUUGUUAUGACGAUGACAACUGCAAGCGUAUAAGGGAAUGUAGGAUUGGUGUAAUGGGUGCGUCAGGCGUGGGAAAGACAAGCUUGAUUCGUGUACAAUAUGGGAAUGAUGUCCUCUUCAGUGACCUUCUUGGAAAUUCCGCAGAAGCUUGUUUGAGCAACACCUUCAUGAUUGAUAUUAUAGAUCCCAGUGUUCGUUCAGGAUCACUAGUGUUCAGUCAUAACUUUAGAGAGACGAUCCCAAUCGUACUUGUUGGAUCGAAGUCGGAUUUGUAUAGAAAACGUCGGGUCUCUGCGUACGAAGGACAAAUUCUUGCAAGGCACAUUGGUUGCCCUUUCCUUGAGAUCUCGGCCAAAACUAAUGACUGUGUCAAUGAGGCUUUCUUGGAACUUAUGCGACUAGUUGAGAAGAGACGGUUAACUUUAUCUUAA